AAACAAAUAGGAUUUACGUGGAAUAUAUAGUGGACACUAAAAAGAACAAACAAAAGGCCCUUUUGGAAAAAAUCGGUCCCGAAACUUUACCGAAAGAAACAGCGAUCGAGAAAGAAAGAGAGGAAAGACAAUGACCAACGAACAGUCGAGGGCUGUUUCAUUUGCCAAUAGUUAUUUCACUCUCGUGGAUGGACUUGCUUCCGGAUUGGAAGAUUAUUUAGUUGGUGAUGUGAUUCUGGAUUGGUUCGGUCGUACCGUGAGAGGAAAAAGAAAUGUCAAUACAUUUAUGAAGGCCCAUAAAGUUAACUCGAGGCAUAUUUUCAACAAUAUUGUCCCAACAGAAACUAUUGGUUAUCGAAAAUACAAUUUGAAUCGGAAAACCAUAAAUUUACUGACAAACGCACAGCAAAACAUGAACGAAAAUGUGAAACAUUCAUUGAAUUCAUUGCAAACAACUGACAAUGAAGGAAAUUUUCUGAAUGAGGAAGAAGGCGUUUCCUAUGAACUCGGUAAUAAUGAUCUUAAUGGUCUCGGUAAACGCGAGAUCACACCGACAAUCGUCAACGAAAUAGAGUGGAAUAUCGAAAAAAUGAAGAAACUAAAAUUCGAAAAUGAAAUUAUGGAAAGGAAGGUCGAAAAAAAUUUUGCUCAGGCUGAUGGACCUGGGGAAAUUGAGGUACAAACGAAAAGAGUCAAAUUCGUUGAGGCCACUGGAGAAAUGCAUUUGUGGAGAAAUUGUAUAGAAGCCUAUGAUACCAUUCCAUCAUCCUACAUUUGGAAACGACCCUGUAAACUUCAAAUCGCUUACUCUCUCAUUAAAUCCCAUUCACCUGAUAAUUCCACGAAUUUAAACACUCAUCCAAAGAUGAAAUCUGCCAUUUCCGAAUUCCAGAGGAAAAAAAAACUGCCGAGUCUCAAAGAGAUUAGUGAGUUGAAUGAUCGCUUGAUACCAAACAUCAACAAUUUCGGCGGUUACUUUAGGCAGAUGAAUUUUUCAGAAGACAGAGAUAAUUUUCUAAAGUUCUUUGGUGAUGAGUUGGCCGCGAGUGAAUCACAAUUUCUCCGAUAUGUCCCGAAAUAUGUGGCUAAUCGACUCGUUUUUCACAAAAAGAUAUUUGAAGGCUGCGAUAAGCCGAAUUUUGUCUUUAAUUAUCAGAUCCACAUGAUAAUUUAUGAGGGCGAAAAGAUUUAAAUUGAAAUUUGUUAGAGAAAUUCGAUGAAUUUCCAAUCUUUUCUUACUCAGAGGAUCUAUUUUUUCAAUAAUUAUUCAAAUUAAUAUUUUUUUUACAAGAAGAAAUGUAGUGAGAUUAAGAGUAUUUAUAAUUAAUAAAUGGUUUAUUAAAAAUAUUACUUACUUGAUAGGCCGCUUGGAGCUCCUUGCAAGAUAUUCAAGUAGUCAUCGAUUGAUUCCAAUGUAUUUAGUCGCCUGGCGAUCUCCAGCGACUUCUGAUUAUAAAAAAUUAAAAGCCGUUAGCAAAAAUAUACACUACUACUGUCCAGGUAAAA